AUGCUCUUUUGGGCCUUGCUGAUCCCGCUUGAGGCCCUCGCCGUUUACCAAGCCACUUACGAGGCAGCGCUGCUGCACAGUGAUGAUGCCGGCUACGCCCAGUCCAUCAGCAUCUCAGGUGAUGCGCUGGUGGUCGGUGCCCCUGCAGAAGGUCCAGGCGCAGCCUACGCCUACUCUCUGAGUGGAGGUAGUUGGCAUCUGGACGCGCGGCUUGUUCCCUCAGAUGCUGCCAUGGGCGACCGCUUCGGCAGCUCUCUCAAGCUGGCAGGUGACUUCCUCAUCGUGGGUGCCAGUGGCCACGAUGUCAAUGCGCUGGCAGACACGGGGUCUGCAUACAUCUUCACCAGAAGCUCUGGCUGGCAACAGAAGGCCAAGCUGGCGGCCAACGACACCAUGGCUGGAGACCGAUUCGGCGUUGCCGUGGCCAUCACCGAGGAGGGCCACGCGCUCGUGGGGGCCGACUGGCAUACCGGGCCUGGUGGUCCUGGCAGCGGUACAGCAUAUGUCUUCCGCCGUGACGAGGGCGCAGAGAGUUGGUCCCAGGAGGCAAAGCUUACGGCCAGCGACACGGUGCCCUUUGAUCGAUUCGGAUCUGCUGUUGCCAUGUCUGGCAGCUAUGCUAUGGUGGGGGCAUGGGAAGCAGAUGCGGUUGGGGCCGCGUAUAUCUUUGAGAGGUCUUUGCAGGGUUGGUUUCAAGCUGCACGCUACGAGCCAACCGGCAACUCUACAGAAGGUGACAUGUUUGGAAGUACGGUUGCGCUGUCCGGCAACACGGCAGUUGUUGGGGCACACUGGGACGACGAUGAAAAUGUGAACGGAGGUGCGGCCUACAUCUACACACGGAAUGCCACAGGCUGGGACCAGGGCACCAAAAUCCGCGCAGAUGGUACCAACAAGGAAGACCGGUUCGGCAUUGCCGUCGACGUCUCAGGCAACGCCAUGGUCAUCGGUGCCUACUUUGACAGCGACCAUGCCGUCUGGAGUGGAGCAGCCUACAUCCUGACGCAGUUGGAUGGGGUGUGGAGCUUCCAGGAGAAGAUAACCUUGGCCAAUGCCUCCGCCGGAGACUAUUUCGGCCAGUCUGUGGGCAUCUGGGACAGCCAGCUUGGGCCUUUUGCGGUUGCGGUGGGUGCCCCGGGCGCGAACCGCAGCGUCGUCUUCGAUGGAGGCCUGCCGACGACGACCACCACCACCACAAGCACGGUGAGCGUCACCAGCAGUAGCAGCAGUUCCAGCAGUUCCAUCAGCACCAGUAGCAGCAGCAGCACCAGCAGCACCAGCACCAGCACCUCCGUUACGUUGUCCUCGACGACCUCCAGGUCGUUGACGGAAACCACUUCGACGACAACGCUCUCCGUGUCUUCCACAACCUCAGCGAGUAGUACGACAUCGUCGGCGACUAGCACGAGAACAAGCAGAACCACCUCUUCCAACACUCAGACGAGCAGCACCUCCUCAUCCUUCACACGGACCACAUCAACCCAGACGGCCACCAGCAGGACUGCUACCACGGCCACAACUGCCACCGCGACCGCGACCACAGCCACGGCCACAACCACGACCACAGCCACCACGACACGCACGGGAACACAAACAAGAAGUUCUACCACUAGCGCAACGACCACAGCUGCAGGGAGCGGAGGGGGCACGGGAGGCGGUGCUGGGGGGGGAGACAUCGGUGGAGGCUCCGGAGGUGCAGCUGUCAGCACUUCGCAGGCAGAUUCUGAUGCCUCGACACGGGGCUCUAGCGGGAAUGGCGACGGCGGCACCGAGGAUGGCACCGAGGAUGGCACCGAGGAUGGCACCGAGGAUGGCACCGGAGAGGGCGCCGGAGCUCUGAGCACUUGGAGCACUUCCGCCCCGUUCGACCCUUUCGACCCUUCUGGCCCUGGCGGUGGUGAAGGUGGUGGUGAAGGUGGGCAGUGGGGCUUCGAGGAGUGGGACUUUGAUUUGAGUGGCGCCAGAUCAAUUCAGACAGGUGCGUUGAUAGCAUUAGGGCCGAUCUUGGCUUUCUUCGCUUAG